AUGCUGGAUUUGAACAUUCCCGACUCCGACGUUACAACGUCAGCAUAUUACAGUACUCUGGUCCCAGGACUAGCUAUUAAUACAACAACUCGGCUUCACUGGUGGGGUGGCAACUAUACCAUUGGAAAGCAUGGUCUUUUCGUGAACUCGAGCGACGCCAUCGCCGAAUAUACAGCUCCCCGACCUCGAGACAGCACCAAUCAUACCUAUAUACUCUACCUCUUCGAGCAACUCCGAGGUUAUGUCCUUCCAGAGGAGGCUUUGGAUGGAACGUACUAUUCUCAGACGGCCGAGGCUCGUUUCAACUUCACACUGGCUCCUAUUGUCAAGGAAGUGGGUGAACCAGUGGCAGCUACUUAUUUCCUGAGCAACAACCCUUGA